GACAUCGUCCACCCUCUCCCAACUCAUCGACGUCUCUAGAGGAAUCGGAAUCGAUGCUUUCAGGGCCCCCACGCGCACUAAUCGAUUCGGUUUGAGUUCCCCGCUCCCCAUUGUUGACGAAGCCGCUUCGCUUUCUGCGAAUCUUCGUCGCCAACGGACAUCUGUGACGAAAGAGCUUCAGAGCUUUUCGGAUUCCUCGUGGAGUCUAAAUACAGAUUCUGCACCAGCAACGCGUGCAGGGAAGCCGUCUCCAGCCCUGACCUACGAUGGUCCGAGGCCCCAACAUCCCCGUGGAACGACAUCAACAACAUCAACAACAUCAACAACAACAUCAACAACAACAUCAACAACAAAUACAGCAACAACAUCAACGACAACUACAGCAGCAGCGGCGGCAGAACCGACUUCAUGUCGGGUCGGAGAGGCGGGGCCUGGUCUGGACCGCAGCCUGCCCCUCGCCUGGGCCCCCGCACCUCGGCACCGAGGUGACGGUGCGGAGCGGCGGAGACGCCCUGCACACAGGCACUGUACGCCAGGUGAGAAGGGGAAUGGAGUCAUGUCUUAUCAGGUUCCAAGAUGGAUCAGAGUGUUGGGUCCUCUGGAAAGACAUUCACUCUGGCUCCGACCACUGCUCCCGUGCUGACAAUGGUGGUGAUGAUGGUGACGGUGGUGAUGGUGAUAAUGAUGGCGGUGAUGGUGAUAAUGCGCCGACAUCACAGAGGAGGAUGAGGAGGAGGCAGAGAAGAUUGUCAACGUCGUUAACAUCAUCGCUGCCAUCACCAACAUCGUCAGCAGCAGCAGCAUCAACAUCAGCAGCAGCAGCAGCAGCUACAACGACAUGGAAGUAUAGAGAUUCACAGGGUCAUGGUGCUCUGCCCUACGACCCAGGCGCCCUGCAGUGGGACUCAGCUCACAGCACCAACGCCCAGCAGCGCUACUGCUACUGUGGGGGGCGCGGAGAGUGGACCAUGAAAAUGUUGCAGUGUGGUUCGUGUCUUCAGUGGUUCCACGAGGGAUGUGUGGCCUGCGUGGACACUCCGCUGCUCUACGGAGACAGGUUCUAUUCGUUUGUCUGUGCUCUGUGCAAUGGAGGGUCUGAAAUCCUACGAAGACUUCCGCUCACCUGGGGCGACGUUGCUCACCUUGCCCUCUACUCGCUCAGCGUGGAGAAGCGCCGGAAGUACUUCGGCUUCGACCAGGAGAUUGUCCCCUUCGUCAACCGGGAGUGGAGCCGGCUGCAGUGCGGAGAGCUGGCAGGAACUCCGCUAGCGACCCGCGCAGACAAACUCCUCCAGGCUCUCUCUCACGAGCGUCUACGUUUCGCUUCCGGUCAGGAGAUUAAGAAGAAAAAGACUUUGUUCGGACUCCGAAUCCGAGCUCCCCCAUCACCCCCUCCUCCCGCCCGUCCUCCUCCGUCUCUGACGGGGACGACGCGGGGACACGGGGAGGACGCGGGGGCACGGAGACACAAGAGGAGAUUGACAAGUUCCAUCAAUUCUCGUCUGAGCAAGAAAUGCUCCAUCAGAGACACCACUCCUCCUCCCUCUCCUCCCCCGCCUCCUCCUCCUCCACCCUCUUCUCCGCCUCCUCCCGCCUCGAAUCAUCAUCCUCCUCCGCUCGCGAAGACAGCAUCCCACACACGCACACACGCUCACGCGCACACACGCACACACGCACAAACACGCACACACGCGCACACACGCACACACGCACACACACGCGCGCGCCCAUCUCAACAGCACCAGCAGCGGCAUCUGCAGAUACGGCUGAAAAAGGAUAUGGAUCUGGACUCUGAACUCCCAGUCAACUCCUUCGCCUGCUCCACACGCCACGUGGACAAGACACGCAUCAGCAGCAGCAGGAGCAGCAGCAGGAGCAGCAGGCGGAGCCGGCGGAGGGAGCGGUCCCCGGCCCUCUCACCAGCGCCACCACCGCUCACCCUCACCCCACCGCUCACCCUCACCCCACCGCUCGCGGCCGUGCGGCCGCCGCCUCCGUCCCCUGUGCCCGCGUCCCCGCCCGUCCCCGCCAGGGACCGGCCGUGUCUCUGCGUGUCUCUGGAUGUCCCCGCGCCUCCGGCCCUCGCCCUCGGCGGCUCGCUCGGCCGCCUGGCCUGCGGCGAGCGGUUCGUGGUGCGGGGCCGGCGGACGUCGCCGGACGGCUCCACGCACUACCUGGUGGAGUGGCUGGGACGCACCGCCUAGGCGGGGAGACAGACAGAGACACGGGGGGAGACAGACAGAGACACGGGGACACAGACAGAGACACGGGGGGAGACAGACA